CUUCUAAGGUGCCGCCUCUCUCUCUCUCUCUCUCGUUCAUCAUCCUGAGUUUCUGUGCCUCGCGUUCGGCGCCGCCUUUCCGCUCCGAGGCACUCUCUGUCCAUGUGGGUUUCGUUGUCGUUUUCGAUUCCUUCUUAGAAUGUCUCGAAUUCGGUACUGCCGCGAUUCUCUUGGGCCAUACGUAGGAGGGCGACGGAUGCCGUAUCGACUGUCAAGUCCUGAUUUUUAAACCACAGAAUCAUCUAUUGGCAUCAAGAUUGAGUGAAGUGGAAGACGGUGAGCUUGGUAUUGUCGAAUUGUGGGAAUUGGGUUUUGGUGUGCUAGAUGUAGGAGCUUUUCCCAGCGUCAUAUCUGUUGGUUUGGUCAUGAGUCAUUCUCCGCCUGGGUGUCCUUUUAAAGUUUGUGACAGACUUCUGAAGGAGCUCGAAUACAAGGUGCAAUGAGGACACUGGAUGAGAAGGAGACGACGCAGGUGUUUGAGAAGCUCUUCAAGUUCACCGGCAACAACCUCAAGAACAUCGUCGAGAGCCCCUCCCAUGAGGGGCCCGACCCUAACCCAGGCCGCUAUUGCUUCCGGCUCUGCAAGAACCGGGUCUACUAUGUCAGUGAGUCACUGGUCAAGCGUGCCACCAACAUCGGCCGCCACAACCUGGCAUCCCUAGGAACCUGCAUCGGCAAGUUCACCAAGGGCGGGAGCUUCCACCUGACAAUCCAGGCGCUGAGCAUUUUGGCCGCCAAUGCGAAGCACAAGGUCUGGCUCAAGCCCACCUCGGAGAUGUCAUUCCUCUAUGGGAAUCACGUGUUGAAGGGUGGAUUGGGGAGGAUCACUGAAAACAUCAAUCCAGGUGAUGGAGUGGUGGUCUUUUCAAUGUCUGACGUUCCUUUGGGAUUUGGGAUUUCACAAAGGUCAACACAGGAUUGUAGGAAGUUGGAUCCAAAUGGGCUUGUCGUGCUUCAUCAGGCUGAUAUUGGGGAGUACUUGAGGAUGGAGGAUGAACUUUGAAUGAGGGUUUUCUUAUACAUUGGGUUGUUCUGUAUUGUUCAGAUUUUUGGAAGUGCAUUGAAUGACCAUGAUCUUGAGAUACAAAGAAUUGUAUUAUGCAGUAAUUUUUUUUUCACCUCUCCAAUUUCGUGGAAUGGCUAUUUCCUUGGUUGUUUGCCAUGUCGAUUUCUCUUAUAUGCUUAAAAGAAACAUAUUAUUCUGAUCAUGUCGAAUGACUUUAAGGUUGCUACAGAUAUUAUUUUGUCAUGUACAUUGUUUAGGAUGCCGAGAUCUGCAAGUCUGGUAAAUCUUAUUUAUCGCAUCAUUAUGCCUGGAAACUAGGCAACUCCUGUUUUCAGCUUUUUAAGUUGAAUUUCAUACUUUUGGGCUGUUCAAACUUGCGGCUUUUGGUGGAAUUGGCGACAGUGUUCUUACUUGUGUGUGCUUGACCAUGAUUCUUUUUUUGGUUUAUACUUUCAUAAGUAUAAAUACACAUUCUUUAAAGGAAAGUGUAACAGUUUUUUGGUUGCACUGCCAUGCAUGGUUCAUGGUUGGUCUAAGUGGACAUAUGAAACCUGAUUCAGCUGGUUUCACUUGGUAUGUUGUGCUUUAGAAGCCUAGUCUUCUGCUUCUUUUGUUGACCAUGUAAGGAAAAGCGAAAUCCUAAGUAAUUCUAUUAUUCGGUCAAGUGGCUCAAAAUUAUUAUCCUUCUGUUGCUUCACAGCAGCAGAAAACUCUGCUGAACAAAAUUUGAAAUUUACAGGGCUAUUCUUUUUCAUUCUGCUUUUCUUUCUCGAUCUUUUUCAUGCUAGUAACUUGUCUAACACUUUUUUUUUUUUCCACUUUUUCUGGAGAACUUUUGGACCUGCCUGGGUUUUCUCAUCAGAUGGUUAGGCAUGAAAAGGAUAAGUACCUCUUUUGGCUGAAGCCACUAAGAAUGCAUAAUUAAGGGUCCAUCCAUGUUCAAAGACAAACAAUGGCAAGGAAUAUUCAAGAUUCCCCAAGCCAACCUUCAUUUGAUAUCUCAGAACCAACCUCCAUGCACUCAAGAAUCUGUGGAUAGUGGUGGACCAUGAAGUUGGCAACUGGAAAAUGCUAGUGGCUAUUCAGUGCAUGCUGUUAGAUGAGGAUGUUGUGUUGUAGACUGGAAAAUGUUAGUUUUAAUGUUGUUUCUAAGUGGAUUUGUCUAUAUACUAUGUGUUGAGUUAUGCCUGCUGUAUUGGGAUGUUUGUCUUUUCCAUCAAAUAACGUGGAUCAGUUUGCCUAA